UUACCGGCAUUUCAGCGUUUCACCGCCGGCAGGCGAUAGUGUUCUUGUGUUAUUUAUUUAUUUAUCGUCGAAGACUUUUACUUUUUUGAAGAUGUUGUGCCUGUGCCUUUAUGUGCCUGUCCAUAAUUCAGAUCACGUCGAGGUGGACUAUUUUGAGUCGAAUGGAUUACCGUCCGAGCUGAAGUCGCUCAAGUCUCUCAGCGUCCUUCUGCCGUCGCAGGAAUUCUCUACAUACAGAAAAUGGAAGAAGAAAACACUGAAAAAUGAAGAGAAAGAGCAUGAUGGGCAGCUGGACUUUGAAGAGUUUGUUCACUACCUCCAAGACCACGAGAAAGACCUGAAGCUUGUCUUCAAAAGCCUGGAUAGAAAGAAAGCUGGUCAAGUGAACGCCAGUGACAUUGUGAACUCCUUGCGAGAUCUUGGCGUCUAUAUUUCCCUGCAGCAAGCGGAGAAAGUCCUUAAUAGCAUGGACAAAAAUGGCACAAUGACUAUUGACUGGAACGAGUGGAAAAAGUAUCCCACGCUGCAACCUGCCGAGAACAUUCCCGAAAUCAUCCUGUACUGGAAACACUCAACUAUCUUUGAUGUGGGAGAGAACCUGAUGGUACCAGAUGAGUUUACGUCGGAGGAGCACAUGACGGGGAUGUGGUGGAGACAUCUGGUUGCAGGUGGAGGAGCUGGAGCCGUGUCUCGAACCUUCACUGCGCCGCUCGACCGACUCAAAGUCCUCAUGCAGGUACACGGUACUCACGGUAACAACAUGUGUCUCAUGAGUGGUGUCGCCCAGAUGAUCAAGGAAGGGGGGAUGCGUUCGUUAUGGAGGGGCAACGGCAUCAACGUCAUCAAAAUCGCUCCUGAAUCCGCCCUCAAAUUCAUGGCUUAUGAGCAGAUUAAACGGCUGAUUGGAAGCAGUGGGGAGACGCUGGGGAUCGGAGAGCGUUUUGUAGCUGGUUCCCUGGCAGGAGUCAUUGCUCAGAGCUCCAUUUACCCCAUGGAGGUUCUCAAAACUCGUCUGGCGUUAAGAAAGACCGGCCAGUACAAGGGCAUCUCCGACUGUGCCAAACACAUCCUGAAGGUGGAGGGAAUGUCUGCGUUUUACAAAGGCUACGUACCAAACAUGCUAGGCAUCAUCCCGUACGCUGGCAUCGACCUGGCAGUCUAUGAGACAUUAAAGAACACUUGGCUUCAGCGCUAUGGCACGGAUAAUGCGAAUCCGGGUGUGUUUGUGCUUCUGGCGUGUGGUACGGUCUCCAGCACGUGCGGCCAGCUCGCCAGUUACCCACUGGCUCUCGUACGGACACGAAUGCAGGCGCAAGUCGGGGGCUCGUCCCAGGUCUCGAUGUCGGGACUCUUCAAGCAGAUCAUGAAGAACGAGGGGCCGACGGGUCUCUAUCGGGGUCUGACCCCGAACUUCCUGAAGGUCAUCCCAGCGGUCAGCAUCAGCUAUGUGGUGUACGAGCACAUCAAGACGUCGUUAGGCGUGCAGUCGAGAUAAGGCUCGACGAAAGGACUAAAUCUCGGGGUUUUGAACCUUGAGGUGUGGAGGAUCUCAUUCUGUGAAUGUGAGGGUGGAGGGAUGACACUGUUAAUUAACAUCUCCUUAUUUAUUCAGUUCGAAAUCUGUUGGAAAAAAGUUUGAAAGCUGAAAUCAGGGACCAACGUAUUCGAUUUCAUGUGUCCAGUGUGUGUGUUUCGAUUUUGUGUGUGUGUUUCGAUAUGGUAAAAAUGCAUAUGUAAGUGCCACUGAGAGAAUCAAAUGCUGUUCUGAUCCAGUUGGGCAAUGCAAUUGAAUCAACACUACAAACACAGCAUUAUUUCAUGCUGAUUUAAGUUGCACUGCCCACUUUCUUACUAAAGCUGCUUUAUAUUGACUAAAGUAUUGUAUUUAUACAUCUUUGACCAGAUAUUUAUUUGUAUUGUGGCAUCUGAGAGUUUGAGUGUGUGUUGCACAGUGUCUCUGUUAAAGCCAGUGUUAAACUGUUGUGUAAUUUAAUCUUAAUUCUGGUUCUUUUAAAUCGGCACAGUGAUGUACGCUUUGCCUUAAUAUAAGAGAAUGUCUGGUUGAUUUGAAAACAAAUGCACUUUAAUUGCUUUAGCCAAUUGUGAAUGUAACACUGCAACGUCAAAGAGUGUGAACGUUUUGUAUGGGACCAAAUGGUGAUGUAAUAAAUGCACAUGAUUUGCUUUCUUGCAGUAUUGAAGGUUUUGAGUUCACUAAUUUCAACAAAUGCACAGGUUUGUGUCUGAGACUGAAACGGUUUUUGGGAGUUGAUGAUUUGAGUUCGUCAGAGUUUCAUUUUAAUAGUGUUUGUUUCAGGCAAAGUGGCUCUUGUUUUAAGGACUUGUUUUCCCUUAAAUGUAAUUUUAUUUUUUCAAUAAAAACAUAAUAUUCAUA